AUGACAAAAUAUCUAGAUCAACAAGUAAAACCGUCUAAAUAUGCCAUCAUUCGAUGGUUUGGAUUUGAUCAAUUCGUACCAGAGCGAGCUGUCACCUCGUAUUGGGUCUCAUCAAAGACGUUUUUCAUCAUUCGAUUCAUUGUCACACUGUAUUCCACUGUAGUGUUUUGGACCUAUCUCGGGUUGCUGGCUUCAUUUGCUGAUGUGAAGGGCUUUUUUUCUGCAUUUACGACACUAACGUUCAUCGGUCUCCAUGCUUAUUUAGUUACUGCCUGUGUGUACCACUUUCGUUAUUUACGGCACAAGAAUGUCGAUUUCCUAUUGAAUCAGCCAUCUGUAUUGAAUUACUUAUUCCUGUACCUUUAUGCCACUAUCGUAACAUACAACAUUUUAACACCUGUUGUAUUCUGGUCUAUUCUCAACAAGACAAACGACGGCGUGCCUGUUGUUGUAAUGUGGAUCAAUGUGUCUGUGCAUGGCGUUUCGUUUUUCAUGAUGAUCACCGAUGUGAUCUUUAACAGAAUCAAGAUCCCUAUUCGACUGGUGUUGCCUGUGUUCUUUACUGUUAUAUUCUACAUGUUUUUAGCCUUCGUCAUAUUUGCGAGUACCGGGAGAUGGGUUUAUCCCUUCUUGGAUUGGAGUCAAGGGCCACCCACAGCCAUUUGGUAUUUCGUAGUGGCCAUCAUUGUUGUGGCGAGCUUCUUUCUCAUGAUACUGAUCCACUGGAUUCGAGAUGUGAUUGCCAGAAAGACAGGCCGAGCUGAGAUAUCCGCCAUCUCUGAAAAGACGACCACACAAGAAACGCAUCAGGAUCAAUCAAAGCUGGAAACAAGCCAAUCUAACGCUACUACCAGUCAAGUUUAA